CGAGCUCCCCACCGCGCCCGCCCGCCCGCACACGCGCGCGCGCCACCCGGAUGAAGGGCGCGUGGAGGGAGAGCGGCGUGGCGGCCGUGGCCGACCACCUCGGUGGCGGAGUCGGCCUUGCGGUAUACGUCGGGCGCGCGCGGCCUGCGCGGCUCUGCCUCUACUGCGUCGCCCUUGCCUUCGCCGCGUUCGCGGCCUUCCUCGCGUUCGCGCCCCCGCUCCCCGAGCCCGCGCCCUCGUCGCCGGACACGUCGUGGUUCGACGGCAUGAUCGCCUCCGCGUCGCCGGAUCGCGGACAGGUCUCGGGCUUCUUCUUUUCCCUGUUCCCCGCCAACUCCUCAUCCCCGGGGCCUCCAGGCGGCGGCGCGGCGAGGCAUGGUGGGCCGAGCGGUGGCGGGUUCGCGGCGAGGGGCUUGCAAGCGGGAGGCAAUGGCUCCAGCGCGGUUCGGCCCGGUGAGCAGUUGGGAAGCAGAGGAGGAGUCCCGACCAGCAGUGAGGGCGGAGCUCGCAACGGCGAUCACGUGCCAGGCAAUGCUACUGCGGCAGUGCAGAGCGGCGCGCCGCCCAACGAUCACGAGCGAGGCGGUGCAGAAGCCAAAAAUUCCACCGUGAGUGCCGCCGCCGAGGCGAAGGGUGGGGUUGGAGUUCUGAGCGGUGGUUCAUCCCAAAGUGACGCUGCGGCGAAAGGGGGCGUGCCUGUUCGGAUCAAUGGCUCCGACGUGAAUGCGAGUUCGGUGGAUGCCAGAGACGGCAACGGGAUGAAAGCCAGUGCAAGGAAUGCUAUCGGCUCUACACAACGGUUAGGGAUUGGAACAGAAGCUUUAGGCAAUGGUACUGCUGUUCCAUUCAUUAAUCAGACUGAGAGUGCAGUUGCAGCGGCCAUGGACGAUAAUGGAGUUGCGUCUCAGAGCAGUGGAGCUGCAGGCAAUAACCACACCGUCCCAAUUCAGGUUCCUGCAGAUAACCAGAGUAGAGCUGCUUCAGGUGGAAGCAAUAGUACAGUGAAUAACCAGAAAGAAGCAACUACUAGUCCUCAGAGGAGUACUAGUUCGGCGAAAGAUCAUUCUGCACAAGCAGUCACCCCAAUUGCCAAUAACAACAGUGUUGUGCCGGUGAAAGAGGUCGCUAAUGCCGGCCGACACAACAAGGUUGACUGGAUUGCGAGCAUGGCCAGCUGCGAUAUGUUCUAUGGGAAUUGGGUCCGAGAUGACUCGUACCCUCUGUAUCCUGCGGGAUCAUGUCCUCACGUCGAUCAGUCCUUCAACUGCUAUCUCAACGGCCGGCCUGACAAAGCUUACCAGAGGCUACGGUGGCAACCCAGCGGAUGCAGCAUCCCAAGAUUGAACCCAAUUGAUAUGUUGGAGAGGCUGAGGGGAAAGAGACUGGUGUUUGUCGGUGAUUCGCUCAACAGGAACAUGUGGGAAUCCCUGGUUUGUAUCUUGAGGAAUUCUGUCAAAGACAAGAGGAAGGCUUUUGAGGUAUCCGGCAAGCGCCAAUUCAGGGCUGAGGGCGCUUACUCUUUCUUGUUCCAGGAAUACAAUUGCAGUGUGGAGUUCUUCCGCUCCCCUUUCCUUGUUCAGGAAUGGGAGAUGCCAAUCAGAAAUGUAAACGGUACCAGGGAAACUCUCAGACUUGACAUAAUCGAUCGAGCUUCUCCAAGGUACAAGAAUGCAGAUAUCAUUAUCUUCAAUACCGGUCACUGGUGGACGCAUGGCAAAACUGCUCUAGGGAAAGAUUACUAUCAAGAGGGCAACCGCGUAUAUAGUGAGCUGGAUGUCCAUGAUGCCUAUCGGAGAGCUCUCAACACCUGGGCCAAGUGGGUUGAUUCCAAUGUAAAUCCCAAGAAAUCCACUGUGUUUUUCAGAGGCUACUCAGCAUCCCAUUUCAGCGGGGGUCAGUGGAAUUCAGGCGGCAGUUGUGACAAGGAAACUGAGCCGAUAACAAAUGAGCAGUACCUUACACCGUACCCAACAAAGAUGAGCAUUUUGGAGGAAGUGCUCCAUGGGAUGAAAACACCUGUUGUGUACCUGAACAUAACAAGGAUGACUGACUACCGGAAGGAGGCACACCCUUCAGUCUAUCGCAAGCAGAAGUUGACUGAGCAGGAGAGGAAAUCACCUGAGAUAUACCAGGACUGCAGCCACUGGUGCCUUCCUGGAGUACCGGACUCCUGGAACGAGCUUGUCUACGCACGGAUUUUGGUCAAACAGAGUCAAACGAUGCAACAAUAAAGGCAAGUGCGGACUUACUUGUUCUUGUAAAUAAACUGUUGUAGUGAAACGUCAAGUUGCAUAGGUUAAAAUCCACACGAAUCGAUCAAAGGAACGUUGGUAUAGCUGAGAUCAAGGAUUUUUGGGAUCCUUUGCAUAGAGUAAAGCAGGCAGUUAGUCAGAAUCUCUAGCUCUCAAUAACAACACGAAAUCUGUAUAGGUUCAGUAGGAUUUUAUGAUGUAAACUUCAUGUCUUAGCUAGAAAUAAUAAUAAAAAAGAUAAUAAGGUCGUAUCUGAGAUGGUACAGGAAGAUAAUUUUUUUAGACUUUUGUCUGUCUGUAUAGUAUUCUGAGUUCGUUUUUGGCAUACUGAAUAAUAUGGAAACUGUCUGUAAUCGACAUUUCCAUGUCUCUGGAACGUUUAAUGAUUGGCUGAAAAGUUGUGGAGUAUCCUGAAUUCUUGUCGAACUGAAGGUUUCAGUAAGUUUGUCGUAUGCAUGCACGUCUAUUUAC